AUGGGCUCUCCUCCGUCAAUUACUCCACCACCCCCACCCCCUCUUCCCAACCUUCGACAAUCAACGCACCCCAUCGACGCAGAGCCACCCAACCUCAGCCUCGGCCUCAACCUCGACUACAUUAAACUCGCUGGCGAGCUCUUUGAAGAGCUCGAAGUAUGGCUAUCGCGGGGAAAGGAAAUGGGUAGGUGGGAGAGGGUCAAGGUGUGUACGGUGGGGAUGAUGAGGCUGUUUCCUUCUUCGAUCGACAUCGCGGCGCUGGAUACUGUGUAUCCGGUACAGAUGGCGAAGGCAGCGGGGCUUGUGAGGGCACUGGAUGUGCAUAUGUCUAGGCUUGGGGGCGCGGCGGCGGUGUUGGGGAGGGAGAGGGAGAAAUGGUGGCAUGCUUUUUUUCGGGGAAGAAGCUUGUGAGGUUGGGGAGUGGGCUUUUUUGGUUAGUGGUUUUGAGGGUAUUGAAAGAGAUGACGGGUGAGGGCGGUACUCGACUAUUUAUUUAUUUUAGGUGCGAUAUGUAAUACAUUAGACAUAUAUACUCAUUGUGUAGGUAUUGGAUUAAAUGUUAUUGCAUGGGGAUU